UAACUCUCGUGUAUAUUGUCAAUUUUUUUUAUUUAGAUGAUGAAAAACAUAUUGCUUGAUGAAGGAGAUAUGGUGCAAGUUGAAAGUGUUUCAUUAGAAGUAGCCACCUUUUCAAAGUUUCAACCUCAAAAUUCUGAAUUCUUAGAUAUCACAAACCCAAAGGCUGUUUUGGAAAAUUGCUUACGCAAUUUUGCUUGUCUGACUACUGGUGAUGUAAUAGCAAUAAAGUACAAUCAAAAAAUUUAUGAAAUGUGUGUGUUAGAAACCAAACCGGGUAACGCUGUUAGUAUCAUUGAAUGUGAUAUGAAUGUUGAAUUUGCCGCACCAGUUGGUUAUCAGGAACCUACGCAUAUGAAAAAACCAGCAGAAGAAGAGAUGAUGGUUGAUCCUGCUGAUUUAAUGCCAGAACCAACAGGGUUCAUAGCGUUCAAAGGUUCGGGAAAUCGACUAGAUGGAAAAAAAAAGAAAGACAAUUCUGAUGAUCAAUCGAAUCAAGUUAGAGCAGUGUACCAAAGAGGAAUUCCAGAUUAUGAUUAUAAUAUAGGAACUAUACAGUUUAUAAGGAACAUCCGGUCUGUGAAUAAAGACAAAGAGGAUGAAAAUCAAGAAGGAUUUAAGCCUUUUGCGGGUUCCGGAUCAGUACUAAAAAAAAAAAAAAAAAAAAAAUAGUACCAUAAUCGUAUUUCAAAGCAUGUACAAAUUUUAAUUUUUAAUAUAAGAGUAAUUCAAUUUUAAAUGGUUUUAACGUGGUGAUAAUUUUUUAAUAAUUAAAAAUAAUUAUUUAAUACAUUUAUUGUAAAUAUAAUUGUCAAAGUAAAAGUAGGAAAAUUUAGAAACCAUAAUAUUGUACAAUAAUAUUAUUUUCUAUAUUUCAUACGGCUUAUUGUUUUUUUUUCACAUAAGUUAUCAGUGAUUAAUGCAUUAUAUAGGUUAUGACAGAGCAAAUUAACUAGUUUGAGACAAAUAUUACGUUAAACAUUACAUUUAGUAUCAAAUCAAUAAAUAAUAAACCAC